GCGCUAUUAAACCGGGUAGCUAGGAGACAUAAACACCUAGUAAUUGACAGAUGUGUUCAAAUGUGAAUGUGGGCCUGUGAUUGGUCCGCAGCGCGACACAUCGAGUGGGCGUGGUCUUAGGUGUGGUUCCCACUGAACUGAAGCGCAAAAGUUUUCACUGCAGCAGCAGCAGACGCACGGGACACAGCCUGUCAGGUUUGGCAGAACCUCUGAGAGCAGCGAUGACUGUCGAUCCGAUCCGCUCGACUCUGGCCACCGUCUCGACGGAUGACACCUCUCUGGUGCUGCCGUCCGACAAAUCACAGCGGACGGGGCAGCAGCGCGUGCUGGAGCAGGUGAAGUCCAUUAAGAGAAAGUCGAAGAUGGUCAAGAAAGACUCCAUUCCGUCGCCAACAUCUCCGGAAUCGGUGACAGAAUACAGUGAGCCUAAGUUCCAGUUCUCACCUCCAAAUAUGAACGGCUCACUCUUCAAAUUUAACGGCUCCACCAUGACGUCAAGCCGCAGCAGAAUGACUGUUCGCAGCUUGUCUGUGCCCAACGCGGUAAGGACUACUACCGUGCGAUAUAACCGAGCAACUGGCCAAUCCAUGAAACUCCUGGGGAAUAAACAGCUGGUUCAAUCACAGACAAGUAUCAAACCUUCCCGCAGCCAAUCACAGACAGUGAGGAAAGUCACCGCGACCAACAGCCAAUCAGAAGCACUGGGUGCGUUCGGUGCAUUUGGAGCCGAGGGAUCUAUACCUAACAUCACUCUGCAGGAGGCAGUGGAGUAUCUGUCACACUCAGACAUCAGCUAUCAGCUGUGUGGAGCUUCAUACAUACAGCACCACAGCUUCAACGAAGACCACAUCAAACAAGAGGUUUGGCGUUUGGAAGGGAUACCUGCUCUCGUUCAGUUGCUGAAAAUCGACAAUUCCCAGCUGCAACAGACCGCUGCCGGUGCACUACGCAACUUGGUUUUUAAAGACGACAAUAACAAGGCUGAAGUGGACCGUUGUGAAGGAAUAGAGACCAUUCUGACCUUGCUCAGAAACACCAAUGAUACAGAAACGCAUAAACAACUCACUGGUCUGUUGUGGAAUCUGUCCUCGGCUGAUCGACUGAAGGCCGAGCUGAUCGAGAAGGCCCUGCCGCUGCUUACAGAAACCAUUGUGGUGCCGUACAACAAUUGGGGUGACAGCAAAGCUCACAAACACAUUGACCCCGAGGUGUUCUACAACACCACCGGCUGUUUGAGAAACCUCAGCAGUGCUAACGAGGAGGAGAGAAUAUCAAUGAGGAAAUGCCCGCAACUUAUCGACUCUCUCGUGACUUACGUUCAGACUCAGAUGGAUAUAGGCGAGCAAGAUGAAAAGUCGGUGGAAAACUGUGUCUGCAUACUUCAUAACUUGAGCUACCAGCUGGAGACAGAGGCUUCCGAUCACUUCAAAUCACUCGAAGAACCGAAGGAGAACAAUAACAAUAGCAAGAAGAGCAUCUUCAGCACCAAGAGCUCCAAGAGCUCCAAGACCCUAAAGGACAUUGUCUUCCCAGCCAUGGAGAGGGAAACUCCUGAAGGAGUGAAUUGGUUGUACAACCGGAAGUCCCUUCAGCUGUAUCUGUCUCUGCUGGGAAUCAGUCAGAAGGAGGCCACGCUGGAGGCGUGCUGUGGAGCCCUGCAGAACCUGACCGCUUCCAAGGGCCCCCUGUCCACUCUGAUGAGUCAAACCAUCAUCGAGAAGAUGCAAGGCCUGUGUGUCAUCUCGCCCCUGCUGAAAUCAGAAAACCCAGGCCUACAGAAGACCGCCAUGUCUUUAGUGGGCAACAUGUCCCGGGUGCCAUUUCUGCGGGGAACUAUGGCCAAGGAAAUUAUUCCCACACUCGGUUCUGUUCUCUUGAAUGUGACGCCAAACAUGGGGAAGUCUGACAGCACCAUCGCUACAAUGUGCCGUGUGAUGCAAGUGCUCAUGCUGGCAGAGCCCGAAACUAGCAAGAAGCUGAUCAACCCCAAACUCAUCGAAUCUCUGAGCACGCUCAGCUCAAAUAUGUCAUUCGAGACAGGCAGAAAAGCUGCUGGAUUUCUACUCUGGAGUAUGUGGGGACAAAAAGACAUUCAGAGUGUGCUGAAAAAGCAAAGGAUGAGCAAGGACACGUUUAUAAAUCCUGUUACUGCUGUAGCAUACGAGGAAGCAACAGACAUGAAAGCACGCUGAGAGAUGUACAAGCCGAAAGACAUUUAGUUUUUAUUUUAUUGGCCUGAUUCUGAAACCUUUCAUACUUCUACUUAAUAUAAUAAUUUUUUUUUUUCAGUUCUGCAGGAAGAGUUUCAGAAUACUGCCCUGUUUUCGUGCAGUGGAGAUCAAAAUUAGAGAACCAUCUAUAAGGGGCAGCUGUGGCCUAAUGGUUAGAAAGUUGGACCUGUAACCAGAAGGUCGUAGGUUUGAGUCUCGGUGCUGGCAGGAGUUGGGGGUUGGAGGGAGUGAAUGAACAGGGCUCUCUUCCACCCUCAAUCCCAAUGACUGAAGUGCCCUUGAUCAAGGUACUGAACCCCCCGCCGCUAGAUCUAUAGCUGCUCCGGGUGUGUGUUCACCUCUCACUGUGUGUGCACUUGGAUGGGUUAAAGGCAGAGCACCAAUUACGAGUAUGGGUUGCCAUACUUGGCAAAUGUCACGACUUUCAAUUUUUCUUUUUUUAAAUACUUGCUUUUUUUCUGAAAUAUUGUUUAUCCUCAUCGCUCAAAAUUUAAAGGAAUAUUAGCUGUGGGGUUUCCACAGUUUGAUAAAAUAACCAAGGCAUUUCAACAACAAAAAACUUUAUUUAGCUGAAAGCAAUGAUCAAAUACAGUAAUCACUGUAGCACGAAAGAAGAUCAGAAAUUAGUAGGAAUUGUAGAGGUCCCUGCUUUGAAUGACCUCCGCACAUCUGCGGCCGCAGGACUUCUAUAGUUACUCAAACUGCGCUGGUCUUUUUGUCCACUCUGCUUCCAGUUUUUGCUGAGCAAUUCCAGCUGCAGUGUUGAACCGAUUCCCUAUUUAGAGCCUUUGCAUUAUACUUUCCUCUCAUGCAUUUGUCUUUCAUGGAUGACCAGCCUUUUUGGGGAACAUGAAUGAUUGAAUGAAUGAAGUUAAAUAGGGUUUGUUAAUUAAGGAAAUUGGCAACCGCUACUAGAUUAGCACCAAUAACUUGGAGGUAUCUGUACGUUUUCUCUAAUAUUGAUCAGAUUUCUUUUUCAAAUAAACUUUUUUUUUUUUAUACUGUGCUUCAGAAUACAACUAAUUUGUAAUGCAGCUAAAUAUGCUUAAAAAAUAGGACUAAGCAGUGACCCUGAAAUUUAGGAAAUUGUAGGUUGUUCUCUAAUUUUGAUCCCCACUGUACAUUGCAGGACAUUAUGGUUAUAUGCAGGACAUAUGGAAAACAAUUCCUGCCAAGUUAAAUUUUUGUAUUUUUUGCAAAAAAAAUUGUUGCUUAAGGACUGUUAUAUUCUCACUGCCAUGUGGGCAAAAAUGACGAAAAAGCCCACAAAAAUCAUAAGUGUUUGCGUGAUGAUAUAUACCAGGUGAUCUGUGUAAACAAAACACCAGAAAUUGUGAUUCACUACAUAUCCUCUCAGAUCUUUUCAGUGAAGUGGUUUACACGCAGAGAUUGAUUCUUUCAUGAAUGGGACCGAUCUGGAAUUUAGCACACAAGUCACACAGAUGUUUUUUUUUUUUUUUUAACUAUUAUAUUUGUAUGGCGCUUGACAUCCACAGGUGGAGAAAUUGAGUAAUCAGACACCUGUUUUUAUGAUUAAAAUCCUGUUUUUGGGGGGAUUUCUGGAUGAUAUGGCUCUCUGUACUUCUAGUUCAGGCCUGUUUAGUGCCUAAUACACAGAUAUGCACAUUUAUCAUGGGAAAGCGUUUUUACACUUAGGCUUGACAAACUUGCACUACAAGUCCUGCGGAGUAACAAUCCCCCCCUUCUUCUUCUGCUGCUGUGCUGUAUAUUCAACAUACUAGGCACAUUGGGGAUCGUAAUACACGUUGGCUAAAGCUUUUGGAUUUUGGUUCCUGGAUAGUUGUUGGUUUCUAAAUGUGCUUUUUUGUAGCAGUUAUUAAAAGCUUAAAUAUAUAAGUGCACUACUUUUUUUUCUUUUUUUUCCUGAAUGUCCCUUUAAGUUUUUCUGCGGUAGAUUUAGGAAUGAGAACAGGCACAAAUGUUUAAAAUACUUCACAGCUAGUAUGUAACAGACCUUCAAUGUUGAAAUGGGGAUAGAAUAAUGUCAGUGGUUGUAUUAAUGUUGAAAAAAUGUUGAAAUCAUGUUUUGUUUUUUAUUUUUUUUAACAAAAUUCCAAUGAAUCAAUGUUUACAUUGUAAUAAGAUCUGUGCGAAAAAAUGUUGAAAACAUGCGAUUUGAUGCAUAAACAUCUAAAUGAAAUCAAGAGAGACUGAUCAGUGGAACGCCGGCUGCAUUGGAACUUAAUGAACUUUCGGUUACACUCGCAGCUCUGGAUCUUUUGCCUCCUUCAACUUAUGUGGAUUAAACCCUGUAUUAAACCCAGUCUCACCUCUUAUAGAAUCAGAAUCACCUUAAACUUUGAAGUUCUCAUGUGCUGCUUUAGAUGUGACUUGUCUACCAUCUUUGCAGUGUAAAGCUUUGUGUGUGUGUGUGUGUGUGUGUGUGUGUUGGCCAAGAGGCUGCUUAGAGCAGUAAAUGCGAAAUUAAUUAUCUAAUCUAAUAUUUUGAUUGACAUCCCUUUUUGUAAGCCAAACCUUUUCUGUAUACUAUUGCCUUAAUGUGUGAUACUGUACUAUGCGAGUUCUAUUUUUAUUUGAUGUUACUUUGGCUGGAUUGUGUUGCAUCUCUGCUUGUGGGGAAGUGUCUAAUUUUAUACAGACAAAUAGAGAUUGAUAAACAAAAAGAAAAUCAUAAUAAAUCAUAUUUUUGUAUAAAAAUAUUAAA